AGGUUUGCAGGGGUUAUCCAUCUGUGGCUGUAUAACCUGGUCAUUGGUAUUAAAAAUAUUUCACAGGUCAAGGUACACAAGGUUUACAGUAGGACAAUUAACGUGACCAUGGGAGAUAUGAAGACUCCAGACUUUGAUGACCUUCUUGCGGCCUUUGACAUCCCAGAUAUGGUUGACCCUAAAGCUGCUAUUGAGUCUGGGCAUGAUGAUCAUGAAAGCCACAUAAAACAGAACGUGCAUCCUGAUGAUGAUUCUCACGCACCAUCAUCAUCUGAUGUUGGUGUAAGUGUUAUUGUGAAAAAUGUGAGGACAAUCGAUUCUUCUGAAGGAACAGAGAAGGAGGGCCACCAUUCCGCUGGCAACGGCUUGCAUAAUGGGUUUUUAACUGUGUCAGCUCUAGAAAGUUAUAAUAAGGAGGAGGGGAAAUCUCUCAAAGAUGAGGGCUCCAUUUCUGAUACUGCACUCAAAGAGUCAGCCUUCAACCAGUUUAGCCCUAUCUCGAGUGCUGAGGAAUUUGAUGAUGAUGAAAAAAUUGAGGUUGAUGAUCCCCCAGACAAAGAAGACCUGCGAGGAAACUUCAGAGCUAAUGUAUUAACAGGGUCUGUCUCCCAGCCAGACUAUGAGAAGUUAAAGGGACUUGGAGGAGAUAACCUAAUAAAACCUGGAGCUGCUGGUCAAGGUAACGCUGAUAAAAACAAGGUUGUCAAAAGAGACUCAGAGACAAGCUCAACAUCCUUAGGCAUGUAUGAACCUUUCAAAGCAAGGAAGCUAGAUGAUAAGUUGCUUAAAGAAAAUCCUGAAAAAUUACUUGAAAAUAGAGCAAUGGAUGGGAAAGUAGGCACGGAGAAAGGAGAUACGAAUCUUACCAGUGUUUCACAAUCUAAAGCAAAGUCAUCAGCAAAACUGUCCUCAUGUAUUGCUGCAAUUGCAGCACUUAGUGCUAAAAAAGCAGCAACGGACAUCACUAAAGAUCCACAGUCUAAUUCAAGGGAACCUUCUCCCUUGCCGAAAGAUACAAGUGAAAGCCCCAGGGCCAUUGACAAGUCACCCGAAUCUCAGAGUCUUAUUGACUGUGCCAAAAAAACCUCCGUUAAGCAGCCUGAUAGUCCCAGGAGUGUGUCGAGUGAGAACAGUAGCAAAGGGUCCCCACCAUCACCUGCAGGAUCAACACCAGCAAUUCCAAAAGUCCGCAUAAAAACUAUCAAGACGUCAUCUGGAGAAAUCAAGCGAACAGUUACAAGAGUGUUGCCAGAGAUUGAUCUGGACGGUGGUAGGAAACCAGAGCAAACGGCUUCCAUGAUGGCUUCUAUGACAUCAUUGCUGUCGUCACCUACUUCUGCUGCAGUCCUUUCUUCUCCUCCAAGGGCUCCACUUCCGUCAACAGUUGUCACCAAUGCUGUUGCUUCUGCAGAGCUUGCUCCGAAACAAGUUACUAUUAAGCCCGUAGCUACUGCUUUUUUACCCGUAUCGGCCGUUAAGACAGCAGGAUCCCAGGUUAUCAACCUGAAGCUUGCUAAUAACACCACAGUGAAAGCCACAGUCAUUUCUGCUGCGUCGGUGCAGAGUGCCAGCAGUGCCAUUAUCAAAGCCGCCAACGCUAUACAACAGCAGACUGUUGUGGUGCCAGCAUCAAGCCUUGCUAGUGCAAAACUUGUGCCAAAGACUGUCCAUCUUGCCAACCUUAAUCUACUGCCUCAAAGUGCUCAGACCACCUCUGAACUCCGCCAAGUGCUCACAAAACCUCAGCAACAGAUCAAGCAGGCAAUAAUUUCUGCUGCAGCAGCGUCACAGCCUUCAAAGAAAGUAUCCAGAGUCCAGGUGGUGUCGUCUUUACAGAGCUCUGUAGUUGAAGCAUUCAACAAGGUGCUGAGCAGUGUUAACCCGGUCCCAGUUUACAUCCCAAACCUCAGUCCUCCUGCGAAUGCGGGUAUCACCGUGCCCACACGCGGUUAUAAGUGUUUGGAAUGUGGUGACUCCUUUGCCCUUGAAAAGAGUCUUACACAACACUAUGAUAGGAGGAGUGUGCGGAUUGAAGUCACCUGCAACCACUGCACAAAGAAUCUUGUUUUCUAUAACAAGUGCAGCCUUCUUUCUCAUGCUCGUGGACAUAAAGAAAAGGGAGUGGUCAUGCAGUGUUCCCACUUGAUUCUGAAACCAGUUCCAACAGAUCAAAUGAUAGCUUCUCCUACAAGCAGUGCUUCUGUUGCAUCAUCCAUUCUCCAAAGCCCUGUUGGAGUGGGUACCCACACUGUAGCAAAAAUUCAGUCUGGCAUAACUGGGACGGUCAUAUCAGCUCCUGCAAGUACUCCCGUUCCUCCCGCUAUGCCUCUAGACGAAGACUCUUCAAAGCUAUGCAGGCAUAGCCUGAAGUGUUUGGAGUGCAAUGAGGUUUUCCAAGAUGAGACAUCUUUAGCAACACAUUUCCAGCAGGCUGCUGACUCAAGUGGACAAAAGACGUGCAGUAUAUGCCAGAUGUUGCUUCCGAACCUGUGCAGUUUUGCAUCACAUCAGAGGAUUCAUCAGCAUAAAUCUCCCUAUACAUGUCCUGAGUGUGGCGCAAUCUGCAGAUCAGUCCACUUCCAGACCCAUGUCACAAAGAAUUGUCUACACUACACUCGAAGAGUUGGAUUCCGCUGUGUCCACUGUAAUGUGGUAUACUCAGAUGUGGCAGCACUCAAGUCCCAUAUUCAAGGUUCUCACUGUGAAGUCUUCUACAAGUGUCCCAUUUGUCCGAUGGCUUUCAAAUCGGCACCUAGCACACAUUCUCAUGCCUACACACAACACCCUGGAAUCAAGAUAGGAGAACCGAAAAUUAUAUACAAGUGUUCUAUGUGCGACACGGUGUUUACUCUGCAGCCGUUGCUGUAUCGCCACUUUGAUCAACACAUUGAAAACCAGAAGGUCUCUGUCUUCAAGUGUCCAGACUGCUCACUUUUGUAUGCUCAGAAGCAGCUUAUGAUGGAUCAUAUCAAGUCUAUGCACGGGACACUGAAAAGUGUUGAAGGACCACCAAACCUGGGUAUUAAUUUGCCACUAAGCACGAAGCCUACCACUCAGAACUCCAUCAGUCAUAACAAAGAGGACUCAAAAUCUGUAAAUGGGACAGAAAAGACAGAGAAGAAGUCUCCUUCUCCCGCAAAGAAAGCAGAUUCCAAAAAAGUACCUAAUCCUGGCUGGACAUGCUGGGAGUGUGAUCGAUUGUUUACCCAGAGAGAUGUUUACAUAUCCCAUAUGAGGAAAGAACAUGGAAAGCAAAUGAAGAAACAUCCUUGUCGGCAGUGUGACAAGUCUUUCAGUUCAUCACACAGUCUUUGCCGCCACAAUCGGAUCAAACACAAAGGCAUUCGGAAAGUUUACGAAUGCUCGCAUUGCCCAGAUUCAAGGCGUACUUUUACCAAGCGAUUGAUGCUAGAAAAACAUAUUCAACUGAUGCAUGGCAUCAAGGAGCCUGAUGUGAAAGAGAUGACAGAAUCAACCAGCAUAGGGGAUAGUGCAGUCAAAGAAGAAACUAAGGUUCCCAGUCCGAAGCGUAAGCUGGAGGAGCCUGUGCUGGAAUUCAGGCCCCCUCGAGGUGCCAUCACUCAGCCGUUGAAGAAAUUGAAGAUCAAUGUUUUUAAAGUUCACAAAUGUGCAGUUUGUGGCUUCACAACAGAGAACCUGCUUCAAUUUCAUGAACAUAUUCCCCAGCACAAAUCCGAUGGCUCUUCUUACCAAUGCCGGGAAUGUGGUCUCUGUUAUACCUCCCACGUCUCUCUCUCCAGGCAUUUGUUCAUCGUGCAUAAACUGAAGGAACCUCAGCCAGUCUCGAAACAGAACGGAUCUGGGGAAGAUAGUCAGCAGGAAAACAAACCCAGUCGCGAGGAGGAGUCAUCUGACAACGCCAUUUCUGACAGGAAGUGCAAAGUUUGUGCAAAGACGUUUGAAACUGAAGCUGCCUUAAACACCCACAUGAGGACACAUGGGAUGGCCUUCAUCAAAUCCAAACGAAUGAGUUCGACUGAAAAAUGACCUGCCCCCCCCCCCAUCCCCUGUGCAUUUUCCAAAAGCAAAAAAGGCCGUCUCUACUUCAAGAACAUAAUUAGGAUUUCUUUCUCUUCUUUUUUUCUUUUCUCUUUUGGUACAGAAAAUUUUCCAUACUAGAGUUUACAGUUCUUCCUCGGCUGUUGCAAUAGAUUGUACGUAAAGGAUUCUUCAUCACCUCAUUGCUAGAUACACACAGAGGUAUAUAAAAAUCCCCCUCAAAAGCAUUAAAUAAAGCAGUAUUUGAGAAAUUUGUAUAUAUUUAAACAGAUAGUUUUUCUACUGUUUGUUAUGUGUUUGUAUUGGUGUUUAGUGGGAAUUCCUGGUGCUUUUUUGUCUGUGUUUUUUUCUUCCUAAUAGAAUGUUUGUUUUAAAGCAGAGUUCUUAGCAGUGGGGCAGUGCUUAAGAGUCCGUUAAACUGCUUUGUCAAGGGGUCCCUGUCUGCCAUUUCUUUAGCAAUGUGGGAACUCUUCCCAUUUAAGUCCUUUCUGUGCUGCUCUGAUAACCUCAGGAAUCCCAGAUACACAACUCUUCCUCAUGGCCAACGUCACUCUUCCAGGAAACAGGGGCAAUACUGACAUUGGACAGUUCUAUAUCAUGAGGCAUGUGCACACCACAUUGGUCUCUCUGGACUAGGCUGAAACAUCCAAAUUACUGGAGCUGCAGGGGAGGGUCCAUAUCUUGCUGGCUUCCAUGGCUCUUAAGUUGUGGUCAGAAGAUGGGCCUGAGAUCUAUUCUUAUGACAGGACGAUGGCGCCUAAUGAAACUAGAAGGCAGCAAUUAGAGACAGUGAAUGAAAAGCAGGUGCUCAUUUUGAAUGAUGAACUAGAUGUAUGCUCACAAAUAAUUCAUCACACUUGUAUGUUGGUAGGAUCAGAAGGAUGUGGGAUCGUUUCAUGAUGACUGUUGGCAUUAAAAUUUUAGAUGCUUGCUGAAUAUCUUUUAGUAUUAAAUUCAGAGGGUCUCACAGAAGUUUCGCCAAAAUUAUGAUAAGAGGCUGCACAAUAUCAUUUCUCUCCUAUGCAGCAGUGCUUGCGUGAGAGUAACACCCUUGGAGCAUUGUGCAACUUGUGUGUUAAGAAUCACACUCCUUAGCUGUCCUCCGUUACACUUUUGAGAGAUGUCUUUGGGAUCUUUUAAGCCCAAAAGAUUCAUAGUAAUUUUUGCAAAUAUGGAAGGCUUAGAUGUGCUACAUUAAAUAA